AAGAAAAUAUUUAAGGCUGUGAUGAAACAAUGAUAAAAGAUGAAAAUUCAUGUUCUAUUGAGACAAAGUUAAAAAAUAGCACUUUACCAGAAACAUUACAAAGUAAUUCAAUGGAUACAGCUGGAACUAGUAGCUCAAUUUCAGACGAAAAGCAAACGACUACUGUAAGCGCAAAAAGUUCUUUCGAAAUUAUAACCCAAUUUUUUUUGAAAUUUUUUCAGAAAAAUUUUACAUAUUACAAUUCUAUUCAUGUAACAAAUGAAAAAAGUGCUAAAGAAUUCUACGAUAGUCUUAAAGUCAUCAAUCCGAACCAAAUAUUAUCAAACUCAUAUCGGAAGGCAAUAGUUGUCGAAUUGAGUUUUGUUUUUCCAUUUUAUGGAAAUAAAGUUAAAAAUAUAACAAUCGUAACCGAUGGUUUCAUCUACACAGGUGAUUAUAUUCAUUCAUGGCUAGCUGCUACACAAUACAUUGCACCAUUAUUAGCAAAUUUUGGCACAAAUUUAUCAGAAAGCUCUUUCGUUAAAUAUUUUGACAAUGGCACAUCCAUUAGUGUUUUAUGGGAAAAUGUUAUAUUAAAAAAUGAGUUUGAAGUUGGACCUUUUACGUUUGGUGCAACAUUACAUGAUAAUGGGGACAUUAUUUUUACAUAUUAUAAAAUUCCAAUUAAAAUCGAAGACAUUCAAAGUGAUGAACAUAAUGUUAAAGUUGGACUUUCCGAUGCAUAUAUUUAUGAUAGUAAUAUACUAGGAACGUUUAAACGUAAAACAAUUUACGAAUAUCAUAAAGUUAAGUUGGAUAUAAACGAAAUACAAAAUAAUUCUAUUAUAUACUUAGAAGCAUUGCCAACAUGCUUACAAUAUUUUGAUUGCGAGUCGUGUACAAAUCAUCGUACAAGCUUUGAUUGCCGUUGGUGUCCAACUUUAAAUAGAUGUUCCUCCGGCACAGAUAGGAAGCGUCAAGAAUGGAUGAACAAUGGUUGUCAUGAAGCGGCGAUAAAAGAUGAAAAUUUAUGUGCUGUUAAAAAUACUCAAAACUCUGAGGAUCCUUUAGCAGAGAUAGACGUUAUAGUUCUAAAUAUUUUAUCACAAACUGUUGAACUUAUUUUUUAAAAUAAAUUAUUAAUAUAUAGUUAAUGUAUAUUCUAACGAUUGUUAUAAUAUAUUGAUAUCAACAACGGA